AUGACACGCACCUCACCCACUCUCCCCGUGAUUAUCCUCGGCGCGGGUAUGGUCGGCCUCACCCUCGCUCAAGCCCUAAAGAAAGCCGGAAUUCCCUACGAAGUCUACGAGCGAGACAGCGCUGCCGACACUGAAAAGGGUCGUGGAUGGGCAUUGACGGUCCACUGGGCCUUGAACGCGCUGGAAGAAUGUCUGCCCGCAGAAUUAUUCAACAGACUAGAAGAGAUUCAAGUCGACCCUACACUCGACGACUCGCGCCGGUUCUGUUUCCUCGACCUCUCAACUGCGAUCCCCAAGUAUGUCAUUCCACCUAGUAAGCGCCUUCGUGUGAACCGCAGACUCCUGGGCAAUCUCCUCGGAGAGGGACUGGACAUCAACUACAAUAAAACCCUCUCUUCCUUUCACGUCUCCCCCGAGACUCCCGACUCGGUAACAGUCACCUUUACGGACGGCACAUCAACGACCGGCUGUCUCCUCGUCGGCACUGAUGGUCGAAACAGCAAGACUCGCCGUCUCCUCCUUGGCGAAGAGGCCGGCGCCCUGAACCCGCUUCCCGUCCGCAGCAUCGGCACCACCAUCACCAUGACACCAGAGCAAUUCGCGCCCAUCCGCGAGAUUGAUCCGCUUCUCUUUCAGGGAUCGCAUCCCGAAACGGGAGUGUACAUGUGGUUCUCCCUCGUCUCUAGCCCAACCAUAAACGGAAGCAAAGACACCCCGAACCCGUUCUACGAGGGCCAGCUCAUCCAGUCGUGGCUGUAUAAAUCCGAAAAAGACGCAGUGCCCGAGACAGAUGCGGACAGAUUGGCGUUGUUUAAGAAUAACGCGCAGCAUUUUCAAAGGCGGCUUCGAGAGGCUAUCGAAACCCUCCCAGAGGAUAGCAAGGUGCUGCAUAUUAAAUUAGUGGAUUGGGUGCCUGUUGACUGGGAUAACCGGGGCGGCCGUGUGACGCUAGCUGGGGAUGCUGCGCAUGCGAUGACUUCUUACCGUGGGGAAGCGUUCAAUCAUGGCGUGGCGGAUGCGGCGAUGCUAUCGAGGAAUAUCAUCGCGGCAUGGACGAAUCCUGGGAUGACGGGUGGAAUCGCGGACGCACCUGAUAGUCCGAUAGUGAGCAAGAGGGCGAAGAUUGCUCGGGAGGCGAGAGACGCGAGAGCAAGGGCAAAAUUGUCGGAGAUUGCAGUCUAG